CGAGGGUGGUGAUCACCCACAAGUUGGCUGCCACCUGGAAAAUCGAAUACAGCAAGCAACUCCCGCCUGGUCAACAGGUUACUUUGCCCCUCAAGCAAUCGAUAGUGCUCGUAUCCGUCUAGCUCAAGUCAUCCCCCAAGCUGACGAUGUCCGCCCAAAUUAUGUCCUUGUUCAGCAGCCUGUCCAGCUCGAAUAUAGACGAGCGAGUCUCGGCUGCUACUUCGAUCGUUUACCACCUUACUCAAGUCGAAUCGGCCCCACAUGAUUUGGAUUCCCAACAGAAUGAUUGCUCCAAUUCGCAGGACUUGAACUAUACGCUCAAGCGGCUCGUGCGUGGACUAGCAAGCCCAACUCCCGGAGCUCGUCUUGGAUUCUCAAUUGCUUUAUGUGAAAUUAUCAACAGAUUUCCACAACUGUCCCCUCAAUCAAUAUUCGACUUAAUCUUAUCGGCCACCCCCUUGCAGAGCGGCAUGAAGGCCAGCGAAGAACGUGACUCCCAGUUUGGGAGAUUAUUUGGAAUAAAAUGCAUCACACAGUCGGGCGCACUUUUCCGGCCGCUUGAAACGUCUCAGGGGACUCCGGAAUCAACAAACGCCAAUGAGCAGAUGGCUCUCUUGAAACGGCUGCUCGAAGAACUUUGUGCUCUUGCUCGUCGAGCCCCAUGGCUCUCAGAAAGCGUCGGCUCGGUACUCGUCUCGGACAUUACUACCCAAAUUUUGGAACAUCCUGAGUCGGCUCUUUCUCAGUCUGGCGCCUUGAAUCAAAUUGCUGAAAUGCUACUCAUGAAUGCCGAGACAUUGACGUUGGAACAAUUAUCGUUGGCCAUAUUACUUCAGCAGCAUUCUAUUAAACUCAAUUGGGAAUCAAUAUUGUCGAAGACUUUUACAAAUAAGCAGAUUCUCAGCGAAGAUAACCAUGAAAAAUUGUGCAGUAUCUUGAUGAACGCUGAUGGCGUACCAUCAUCACAGCUGACCAAUGCAGGAGCAGGUGAAGCAGAUUCGAAAAUGUCAACGAUUCACACAGACCUACCCAUAUGCCCUCAUUUCGUUCACUCAAUCCUCAUCUCCGCCUCUCAGUCGACUAGCGAUUUCAACUUGUCAAAAUUCUAUAAUCACCUCUUUGAACGCUACUAUUUCGCCACCAAAUCCAGCCCUUCUCGUAGAUCACACGGAUUCCUUAUUCUCAACAACCUUCUCAAAUCAAAGUUCAUUUCGGACCAAGAGAAGCCGAAUUUUCUCACCUUGAAUUGUGUCCACACCCUACAGGUGCAGCUGGCCGCCACAGAUCGCUUGCUCCACAAGAUGGCGCAAUCUGUCGCAUCUAAUUUGAUCUCGCAAGUUGAUCAAAAGAACGCAAAACAAUCAGCUCUUGCAAAAGGCUUUGCAUCUCGCAUCAUAACCCUUUCUCCUAACUUCGAUCACAACAGUCAUCAAAAGUUGACCCGAUCUUUGGUUUCUCGGAUGCUCUCUCCAGAGCUGGAGCUGUGGACACAAGAGCUCAUCUCUUCGUUUCAGAAAGGCUCGCCCAUAUGGCCUUGCCCUCACGUGGAUUCUUCGAGUGAAGCACACCAAUCGCAACAUUCACCCGAAAACUUCCGUGAGAUGAUGCUCACCCAGCUUUGCAACGUCAUCAACAUGAACACUCCAGCCUGUACAAUUGAUUGUGCCUCCUCGAUUCUUCGUUGCCUUACCCUUUGUGCGUUUUUUGGAGAAAUUUCAUGCGACCAAAAUAAGCAGUCAUCAGCACGAAGUCUUGUGCCCGUCGUACCAUUCUCUCCCCAUCUACAAGAACUUUGCAAGGCUCGACUGUACACCUGCCUGUUGGACUUGGUCGAUCGCACCAGGGUUCACUUCUUUGACAAAAAAUCACAACCGAAAACGACGCAAACAAAUAACCCAUUGCAUGGCUUCAGGCCUUCUGAAGUGAUUCUCGAGAUUUUCAAUUCUCGUGUAAGUGCCAAGCCAGAGGAAGGACUCGAAACCUCGGAAUGUAUCAAAUCGAUACGCAAGAAUUUAACUAAGUUGCGAAGCCGAGCAGCGAACACAGAACCACCUAAACUUCAAAACAAAAAAGAUGCACUCGUACUCCUUUGCGAUAUUCUGUAUCUGAUGACUUAUGAUGAGCAAGAUGGGUGGACUGAAGCAUUAGCGCUAAUCGAGAAAUUGAAAAAAGAUGUCAAUACGCUCUUACCUUCCGGUGGUGAAUUUGAUGUGCUCCAUCAUUCGCAAAGCUUGGCGCCAGCAGUGGCGAAUCUUACAGAAUGUCUCUUGUUUUUACUCUCAUGGCCGAUUGCCCUUUUGAGGCUGAUUGUCGAAAUCAACUUUGAUGCGUUCUCCGAUUGCAUCGGUGCCCAGAGUCUUCAGCUACUCAUUGACCAAAUCAACCCACCAGAAAACCUGUCUGAAGCUGAAGAUCCCGAGGGCGACGACUCAGAUUCCCCGCAAGACAACGAAGACUCGGCGGCAGGUGGCUCCAGUGGUGAAGAAGAUUCCGACACGGAUGGGGAAACUUUUAGCGAUGAUGGAUCGGUUGAUGAGCAAUUCAGAAACGAUGUCGCCAUGGCUCUUGGUCAUGCAUUGAGUAAACCAGACGCCUCCGAUGAUGAUUCUGGCGACGAAUCCGACUUGAUGAACGACGAUGAGAUGCUUGCUUUAGACGCAAACUUGGCCGCCAUCUUCAAGCGACGUACCGGCAAAAAAUUAGCUCGAAUGCACAAUACUCAAGAUCUUCACCUCCGCAUGAAAAUUUUGGAGCUCAUUGGAAAAUUUGUCAAACUUCAUCCAGCACCAGCAACACGCGCUCGCUUGAUCAAGCCCCUGCUAGAGCUCAUUGGUAAAAUUAACUCCAGUGAGGUGAUGAUGAAAAAGAAAGUCGUAAAGAUUCUGGAAGAUACCACGCGACUGUCUUGUAGUCAAUCAGAGCGAAGUAUAGCGGGCCAGCCCCUAUCGGCUGCAGAAGCAUCCGAGAUCAUCACAGCAGUACAUCUGGUCGCGCGGACUACGCCUGCAGUGGACACCGCGGAAUCGUGUGCGAAAUGUAAUUUGUGGUUAAUCGAAAUGAUACAAUCUAGCACCGAGUCCUUCGUUGUUGAAUCUGAACGUCAAGAAGCGCUUAGCAUACUGGUUCAAACUCACCAAGAGGGGUUGAAAAACUUUUGCUCCAAAAGAUCGUCCAAACUUCGUCCGACCUUCUUUUCUGUGAUUUUCAAACGCUUCCCAGCCUUCAGUUGGCUAUUGAGGCAUGACGCCCUUGCUCUAUCUCUUGACUCGUCUACUGUGAACACUUACCGCCGCGAGCAAAUGUUGGAUCUAGUUUCCAUUCUCAUUAACAGAUAUCCCCCCAAGAAUCAACCUGCUCCGGAAUCAAUUCAAGAGCUUGACGCCUAUGCGUGUAAGCUCAAAGAGGCCCUUCUUUCACUUCAGGGCGUCAUUGCUACUGGCAACUCUGAAGAAGAAGUCUCAAAGGAGGGGAAGGCGGCACUCAAGAGUUUAUCGGAUUUAAUCAAAAUCAUGAACAGUGCACUCCGCAAGCGCCUAAAGAUCGACUCGAGUGAAACAAGCAGUUCAAAAAUAUGGCCUGCGAAAGACAUCAAAGCGUUGACUGAAUUUGCCACCAAAAUUCCUUCGACACCUCAAUCCACCAUGAUCACAAAGCUCAUGAAAGGACUCGUUCAGUUCCUUGAGAAGCCAACAACUCCAGAAGCAAAAAAACCACUCGACCAACCGAACGGGCUAAAGCGGAAAAAAGCGCCGUCCACCAACAUGGCAGAAGCGGAACCACUUGUCGGAGACACGCAAGCUACGGGGCCAUCAACACCCAUGGUAAAUGGAAAAGAAAUUAAAAAGAGUAAGAAGAAUAAGAAGAAUAAGACGAAAGAAGCAACGACCGAGUGACCCUAUUGUAAAAUUAAGUCGACCCCUUCCUUCAUUUUUUUUUUGGAUGCAGCAUACUAGUUUAUGCUCAGCACAUUGAACAAGAUGGAUGAAUGAGCUGGAUACAUAUAUAUGCACUUUGGAUUUGAUGCUUUCUAUCCUACAUUGUUUCUGUCGAUUGUUAAUUCCUUCUUCAUUCUCUCAAUCACUUUCUUCCUCUUUCACCCACCAAGGAAAUAAACAUGUUUUAUCUAUGUGAGUUAUAUGUACACUGGCUCUUCACUCGGACCAGUUUAGUAAGGGAUCUAAUAUCACAUCGAAAGCUACAUCAAGGCCUAGAGAGUUGAAC